GCGCUUCAUGCACGGCUUGUUCAGACUCUCCCGUUUUCCUUCGGCUCGCUGCGAUCCGCCAGCUCCUUUAAGUUUAAUUGAACCUGAUUAAUGAAAGCAGAACAGCCAGCGCCUGAGCUGACUCUGUAAUUAUUCUGUGACUAAUAUACUGUUUAAAGCAUGCUCUGGUUCAGAAACAAUCACUGUAUGCGCCGCCUCCUCUGGUCCGCUCCGCUCUGCUCUCGUCCCUCCUCUUCCUCCUCCUCUUCCUCCUCUUCCUCCGGCUCUGCGCUCCGUCUCCGCUUCAGGCAGCAGAUCUCACCGUGGAACGGAACCCAAAAUGCAGCGAGAAGCCGGACCCGUCCACGCUGCAGUUCGGUAAGCAGUUCUCUGACCACAUGCUGACUAUAAGCUGGUGUGAGAAGGACGGCUGGGACGCCCCGCAGAUCAAACCCUUCCAGAACCUGUCUCUACACCCGGCCUGCUCCGCCCUGCACUACUCCAUAGAGCUGUUUGAGGGCAUGAAGGCCUUCCGUGGAGUGGACAACCACAUCCGCCUGUUCAGGCCGAUGCUGAACAUGGAGAGGAUGCACCGCAGCGCAGAGAGGAGCUGCCUUCCUCUCUUUGAUAAGCUGGAGCUGCUGCAGUGCAUCAGGAAGCUGGUGCAGGUGGACCAGGACUGGGUCCCUUUCUCCCAGGACGCCAGCCUCUACAUCCGGCCCACCUUCAUAGGAACGGAGCCGUCUCUGGGCGUGUCUCGAGCCGGGAAGGCGCUGCUCUUCGUCAUCGUCGGCCCGGUGGGACCCUACUUUGCCACGGGUUCCUUCAACCCGGUGUCUCUGCUGGCGGAUCCGGCCUUUGUGCGGGCUUGGAGAGGAGGAGUCGGGGCGUACAAGAUGGGAGGGAAUUACGGGCCGACCAUCGCGGUGCAGACGGAGGCGCUGAAGCAGGGCUGCCAGCAGGUGCUGUGGCUGCAUGGAGAGGAUGAGGAGAUCACCGAGGUCGGCACCAUGAACCUCUUCAUCUACUGGACCAACACCAAAGGAGAGAGAGAACUGGUGACUCCUCCUCUGGACGGCAUCAUUCUCCCUGGAGUGACCCGGCAGUCUCUGUUGGACCUGAGCAGAGCCUGGGGCGAGUUUAAAGUGACGGAGCGAACGAUGGGGAUGAAGGAGCUCCUGGAGGCUCUAGAUGCUGGAAGAGUCCUGGAGGUGUUUGGAGCUGGAACAGCCUGCGUCGUUUGUCCCGUUGGAAGCCUCCUUUAUAAAGGAAAGACUUAUCAGAUUCCCACCAUGCAGAACGGUCCAGAUCUUGCUAAGAGAUUCUUCAAAGAGCUUACUGAUAUUCAGUACGGACGCAAACCCAGCGACUGGGCGCCAGUGGUCGCUUAAACAGCCGUCUUUGCACACGUCACAUCUAUCAACGGUUUUUAUGUCCUGUGGUUCCAGUUUGAACGACCAGCGGCCCUCUAAUGCACUCCCCCCCCCAAACUUCACCACUCCGAGGGGACGGGGGGACAGAUGGGUGGGUGUCCCCGUCCGUCCCCUCAGGCCCCCCCCCCCCCCCCCCCCCACACACAGACCCCUGAAAGGAGACCGGGUGGAGGUUUGAAUGUAAUGGCUGUAGAAAACAAUACAUCAUGCACCUAGAUGACAAAAAAAACAGCAGAAUAUAAAGAUUUCAUGUAAAGCAUUAUUAUGAGGAAUCUCCAUAGGUAACUCUAGAUGAACAAACCUCCAUUGUGAUCAUUGUUGUCGGCACAAACAGACUUCUCCAUGUUUAUAAAGCAGCUACAUGUUGCGUGUGUAGGAGCUGGAUGUAGGACAGCCUCUCUGCAGUAUGCACUAUUAUUCACUGUAGACCAACUUUUAGCUGUUACACCUGUGUGCGGAUGUCCUGUUACUCUUUUGCACGGUUCUCGGCGGUGGAGGCGACGUCCAGAGGAAACGUUAUUAUGAACGCCAGCCAUCAGAAAGCUGGUCGACGGUUGGAGGCAAAGAUGUAGAAGAGAACUGAACGCUGGCUGUUACUCCUGCACUAGUUUGUGUUUUAUCAGAACAAUGUAACGUUACAGAUUGUCUUUAGAGGCUUUUAAAUUAUUGUAUCCGUGUGUUGAUGUGAAAUUUGGCCAGCUGUCUUCCAAAGUGUCACCAGCAGGGAUGGAAAUUCGUUUUUUUUUUAUUUUUUGUUUAUUCACACCAGCCACAGUAGCUGGUGAAAAAUAAAUUUUACCAGCCUCUCAAACAUUUUUUUAUUGUUUUGUGUAUUUGACUUGGUUAAAAACACUCUUGGUACAAUCUAAUAACAUAAAUGGGUCAAUUUAUUCUUAAAUUUGAUAGAGCAAAUUGAGAUUGAAACAUAAAUGUGUACUUACAACAGAAACUAGCUCGUUUUAGUUAAGUUAGUACUAAAAUAAAACUUUAACAAAGCUACACAAUCCUGUCUUUGACAAGUCCUUUCCGUACUUUGUUGCUUCAUUAUCCCUAAUCUGUAUGUGAUCCUUCUCUCCUGAAAGUAGUUAAUACAUUAUGUAUGCACAAAAAGAAGGUUAAAUAAUAAUAAUAAUAAUAAAACCUGUCUCUGUGGGAGCUCUAACCAAUCACUGCUCCUCGCACCCAAUGGCAGAGAUUUGAGUUUUGUUCCUGCUCUCACUUCAGUUACUGCAUAGUUUUUAUUCUUCUACUGUCUGAAUGCGUUUAGAACAGACUAGCAGCAAGCCGGGCACACUGCUGCCCCCUACAGGCCAGCUCUACUAAUUGAAUGCAGUGUUUUCUGCAAACCCGCCACUCUGGCUGGUGGAUUCGUCAAUCUUACCCGCCACUUGAUAAAUGUACCUGCAUUUUACCAGUGGCGGGUGCGAAUUUCCAUUCCUUGCUGUAUUCUCCUUCUUUAAUGUUUGUUUUUUCUUUUUUCUGAAUGUACUGUACUUGUACUCAGAUUGUACUCCUGCCCUCUCCUCGAAGUGCCUGACCCCCCCUGACCGGUUACUUGUCCUUCUGGUGUUUCUUUCUCUUGACGAUGUUGCUGAAAACAAGUCAGUUUAGUUUAAUUUCCAACGUGCUGUUACUUUUAUUCGGUUUUUACAAUAAAAUAUUAUUUGAGGUUUA